AUGACGGUGAUAACGAAGCCAAGGCUUACGGCCAAGAAAACUUUAUUGAUCGAUGAGAACCAAUGUGACGAAGAGGUCAUCGACGUUCAUCCAUCACGCUCGCUCCACAGACGCUACAAAUGCGUGAUGACGUGCAUGGGGGUGUUCGCCGCCCUCCUCGUGUUAAUGGGCGUGAUUACGGCCAUGCAGAUAUAUGAGCAAGUUAUGCUUGAUAUGCAGCGUCAUAAUCGCUACCAAGGAUUCUGCUCCAUCCCGCUGUCGCGCGAUAUUCAGAUGCUGGAGCAGCGCAAGACGCCUUUGCACUGGACGGCUACUGAAACUGCCGGCCGCGUUGAGCCUGAAGUGCAGGUGAUUAGCAUUUUGAAUGAGGAUCCCGAGCACAUCUUUGACUUGCUGCGUGAGGUGCUCGAUAUUGACCUGGACGAUUCCGUGGAGAAAAUUUCAGUUUUCAACAACGGUCGCCCAAUCACUUUCGUGCACGACUUUGAAGCCAAUGUAUCUGGUAUAAUAGACGUGGAGCGCUGCUUCACGAUGGAGCUGGACCCGUCGCUGGUGCUGCGGCCGGAGCCGCUAGUGGAGGGGCUGCAGCGCGGGGAGGAGUUCGACGUGACGCGCGUGCGCAGCUCGCUGUCUGCGGCGCUGCCGGCAAUACGCGAUAAGGAGAACCCGUCGCACGCCCUGCGGGAGCACUGCGGUGGCCUCGGCAAGCCUACCUACAUGCUGCGGAAGGACGAAGAGCGCAUCAUUCGCAAGCGUUCUGUCGACGCGCCCCCUCACGACUACAUGGAGUUCGCAGGAAAACGCGUCCAGGAAAUUCAGAUCAGUAAUUUAGCCGAGUUGCUAGAGUUUGAACAGAAGAACAAGCUGGCGGCUUAA